CCGAUGAUAAAAUGAACGAAUGAGAGAGAGAGAGAGAGAGAGAGAGCACCUUAUCUUCUUCCUUCGUGUUGAGCUGCAAACAACUCCCACCCAAGAAAAUAGCUUCAUGUCCUUUCUGUACUUCAUAAACUUCUGAAGCUUUUACAGGUGCAAGUCAAAGUCGGAUAGUUGUUGAGAUUUCAGUGAAGGUUGUUCAUGGUCCUAGGCUUUAAAUCCAAUACUGUUACAGGAACAAGAUCAGAAGACUUGUUUCGUUUUUGGUGUUCGCGAAGUAUCGUUAGACUGAGAUAUUUUGUGUUGAUUAUAGAUUUAUAGUACAAACUCAAUUGAGUUUGUAUUUUUUUUUUCUUUCGAUUUUUGAUUAGCGCCGGCGUUUCAGAGGAUGAAUCAUUGUGUUCCUGAUUUUGAAGUGGACGAAGAUUACUUGCUUCCGGCUUCUUCAAGUUUGAAAAGGCACAAGAAAUCAGCAAUGGGCGAUGAAGAUAUAAUGGAGUUACUAUGGCAAAACGGUCAGGUCGUAAUGCAGAGCCAAAGCCAGAGAUCCGUCGUCGGCAACAAAAAGUCGGAAACGAUGCCGUCUGCCGCCACUCGAGAGAUCAGAUCCGGUGUUAUCGAGGAAGAACCGACGCCGUGCAAUCUGUUCAUGCAAGAAGACGAGAUGGUCUCUUGGCUUCAUUACCCAAACGAUGACAACUCUUUAGACCUCUACCUUCAUAAUAACGAGAUCAUGUAUCCUGUUCUUCCUUCGUCGGCUCCGGUCACCACCGCGUCUACCUCCUUACCACCGCCGCCACCGGUAGUUACUAUUCCAUCAUCUCGGCCUCCGAUUCCUCCCUUGAAGCGCGUGGAAGAGGAACCAAGCCAACCUAAGUUUGCAAAUUUCUUGCAUUUCUCGAGGCCUAGUAAAGGAAAUUUAACCGGAUCAGCUCCAUCGAGUUCGAACAAGAUAUCGCAGGCGACGGUUGUGGAGUCAAACAAUCGGUCGGCGGCUGAAGCUCUCCAAUCUAGGGCUUCACACGUAACGGAGAGUGCCGCGUUUGUCUCCGGCGCGAACGUAGAGUGCCGCAGUUUUGGUGGUGCAGCAGGUACAUCGAUCGCCGGACAGGAACCAGAGACGUGUGAUCUCAGCGAGUCCUCAUCUCCGGUUACAGGCGGCUCAGGAGCAAGUGCGAGCGUGGAGCCGUCGUCUCGGAAGCCACCGCCGGCGACGGAUAAUCGGAAACGCAAGGGCAGAGACACUGACGACACAGAAUGCUACAGCGAGGAUGCCGAGUUUGAGUAUCAUGAUACAAAGAAGCAGUCACGUGGAUCAAAUAUGUCUACCAAGAGGUCACGUGCUGCGGAAGUACACAAUCUCUCAGAAAGGAGACGUCGAGAUAGAAUUAAUGAAAAGAUGAAGGCCUUGCAAGAACUAAUACCCCGCUGCAACAAGUCUGAUAAAGCUUCAAUGUUGGAUGAGGCCAUCGAGUAUCUGAAAUCACUUCAAAUGCAAGUGCAGAUGAUGUCGAUGGGAUACAACAUGGUUCCAAUGAUGUUCCCAGGUGUGCAGCGAUACAUGCCAACAAUGGCCCCCAUGGGAAUGGGAAUGGGAAUGGGAAUGGGAAUCGGAAUGGGAAUGGAUCAAGCCCAAGUCGGAAUGAACCGCCCCAUGAUUCCAUGUCCAACAAUGCAACCAAAUCAUCAAGGUGCAGCAGCAGCAGCAGGGGUUCAUGUGGGUGGUCCACGUUUUCCAGUUCCACCACGAGGGUUUCAAAUGCCACAGCAGGUCCCUGUCCCUGUCAUGGGUCCCGCAGCUGCAAGAUCAAGUCAAAUGGCUAACGUUAACCCCAUCAUGAACUCAUUUCCUCCAAACCAACCACGCUUUCCAUUCCCUGUAGAUCCAUAUCAACAGUACAUCGGUCUCCCCCAAACACAAUUACCACAACCUCCUCAGAAUCUUACAUGCACGCCAAACAGCAACAAAGAUGUUAGGGAGCCGAGCCGUCAGUGAAGCGGUAAUUAAUAAGCCGAUGAGCCUUUUGUGGUGUAAGAUUGCCAUUUGAAGAUGUAUGUACGUGGUCGUGGGCUAUUUGCCUAAUUAGUGGAGAGGUCAGUUUGGGAAAUCACAGGCUCUAAUUAGCCGACUAAAUUUUGUAGUUAAUUAAAAAGGCCAGAUGAUGCAUGCAUAUUAAUGCAUAUAUAUGUGAUAUAUAUGUAACAUAUAUAGUUGACGUGUAAAUUAUACGAUGAUAGACAUGUUUUUUCUGUUCUAUCUAGUAUAUGCAUCAAGGAACCAAUCAGAGUGAUUCCCCACUUCCAACAAUUGAGUCAUUGAGAUAGAUGCAAUUAAAGACCAAUUUCUCUAAGAAGAACAUUGUGUAUAUUUAUAUUAUUUAUGAUGGAAGAAAUGUUUUGAAAUGCUCUAAUUAUUUAA